CCGCAGGCCAUGAAUUCUGGGUGUGCCAGUGAUCUCGAUCUUACUGUAGAUCGUCGAGCGGCCUCCUCGGUGGUUGGCUAUUACCGUGUAGGUGAUUUCCUUCCACACCUAAACAAACUCAUGUCUUUAACGGACAACGUGUCAUUGUCCAUAAUGAGACUGUGGCAGGUUGAAGACGCCUUCAUUGUUUGCGCACGGAACGUUUUAAACUACAUCCUAUUGUCAUUGUUUCCCGGUAAUUUAUGGAGCAUGGACAAAGAAGCCAGCAUCGAUCAGGAGAGCAAUGUGUAUUGCACAUGAGGAACAGGAACUCGUGCCCCAGAAUCGCCGGUAUAAAAACACAGAGAGCAUCGCAGAAUCAACCGCCCAUCCACCUUCCAGGCUCCCGUCUAGCACCAGGCUUGGUUUCCCAAAUCUCCUGCACAGUUUCAAACAUGUCGAGCGCCCAGGUCUCGGCUUCGGUUAGAAACGUUUCGGCUGCUAGAUUUACUACGCCCAUGACACCCAACUCUCACUAUCAUCUGCCUGACCUGGGCUUAGUGAGCAGCCACGGGACUAGAAGGCCAUCCGUAGCUAUGUCAGACCUUGUGAGCCAGGACAGCGUAAUCGGGGAGGCUGAAGACGAGAGUGUUGUGAUUGCGAACGGGCUGACAUAUAGGCAGAUUCGCGACCUAUGGGACAGGGUGCGACCGUCAUUGCGAGGCCCAUUUCGCGGUCGGUUCGACAGUCCAGCCUUCGACGUUUCGCUUGCGAGGAUCCGCCGGGAUCGGACGGGGAUAAUAGGUGAGUAUCCGAGGCCUGAUAUCUGGUCUGAGACGGCAGCACUCUGGGAGCGGCAUGAAAAGCAGUUCGUGUGCGACUUCGAGGAGCUGCUGCUGAAGCGGGAUGACCAAAGAGCCAAUCCGAGGAAGGUAGGCCAGACAGAAGCCGCUUGCACAGCGGGUGGCGAUGGCACUGCCUUUGAAGCUCAGUUCCGUUUGAUUGAGCAAGCUAAAAAAAAUUUUGGCUGCGAAGACGGUGAGGCGUGUCAUUUAAAGGGUUGAUAGAUAGGAAGGCGAACCUCUUUCGCUUGAACAGAUCGGAUCAGACUGGACGUUGAAAGGGGAGUAGAAUUAGCAGCCGAAUGAAUUUCGUUCCGUCUCUAGUCCUAGAGUGUAAGCAAGUCCGGCCGAUAUCGAUGCUUGGUAGACGG